GUUUUGUAGCCAUGCAGGUAUCCAAGGAUGUCCCCCGCAAAAGAGGCCACAAUAGGAAAAAGACCUCUGGCUCCUCCUCUACCACAACUAAAUCAUCCAGCUCCCACUUGGCACGAUGCCCCUCCCAACUUACUCCAUCCGCUCUUUCAAAACUGGACCCGAUGUGGCCAUGCUAUGCAUGUAGAGCAUCUCGAACUAAAUGUAGCGGAGGAUUUCCUUGUGCCCGAUGCUCCCGCCUCUCCGUAUGUUGCCUGCCCAAUAAUUGGAAAAGGGAGGAGCCUAUACUGGAGUAUGUCCUGACGACCCACAGCCCUAAGCCCUUCGCCGAGAUGUAUCUGCAGGCUUUCGAGCGGCUCUUCAUCGCGGGCAAGAUUCGACGCGACAGUGCCCUGCGAACUUUGAAGAUGUGGGAAUUUCUUUCCUCGCUUGCUGGAGCAGACGUGACGCUGGGCGUGGCGUCGCACGUUCAGAAACGCUUCAAUGUGUCGGCCAUCGAGUUGGAGGAACCCAUGCGGAUGCUUCAAGACCCCCCUUCGCAUGUCCGGUACCAACGGCUCCAGCAGUACCAAUCGAGCGCGGCUAGCCAGGCUCGGACGCAGCAGCUUAAGGAGACGGAGAUCUUCAAGCGGGAGAACGAGGGCACACGGGCCUCCAGGGCCUCUCUGCUCAUGUUCGUGACCAACAGAUCCACCAUGUGGGCGGCCUGCAAUGAAUUCCACGCCGCUCGCCUCAAAGAGGCAACGGAGCUGUGGGACAAGGCUUUGCAACGCAAGCUGAUUUGGUCGUAUCUGAUGGCACCGCUUUAUGCGCCCGAGGACCGACGCACCUACAUCGAUAAUAUAGUGGAGAUGAUUUUCGGGCACGAGAAACUGACGAAAACCAUGUUCUUCAAGAUGUACGAUAAGGACGGGAGCGUGAAACUCUGCCUGCACACUGCUCGGACCAUACGCCUGGGGCCGCACACGACCGGGAUCACCUUCAAGAUCGAGAGUGAGUAG